CUUCGGCCCCUCGUCAACUUCAGUAUACCGCUUAGACAUUCAAGGUGAGAGACCCGCUCGUGUGCAAACAAAAUUAAGGACUACAAUAUCCUAUCUCCGUUAAAAAAAUGAUGAUAACACAGUUUCCAAGAUCCAGCCUACUUUCCGAAAGACUUUUAAAACAUCAAACCUUGUGACGCAAACCGAUUUAAAUCGUAUUUAUUUCCAUGUUGAUUUCAACUUUUGUGAAAUUGCUUUUACAUCAGCAUCUGUUUAACUUAUAAUUAUUAAGUACGUAAUUACAAUCUAUCUGCCAUAAUUUAUAUGUAUUUACUUUGGAAUAAAGUAUAUUUUCCAGAUAUUCCAAACUCGAAUUCCGUUGGAUUGUUAUAUUUAAUAGUGGUGAAUUUUAAGCAAAGCUUAUUGUUAAAGUCAAGGUGCUAUCGAAAAUCAUGUUAAUUUUGAAAUUUAUGUGACUAUAAUGAAUUUCUAAGGAUAAAAUAAAAUAAAGGUCAUUAUGGAACCGUACUCAAACGAUUUAUUAUGGUUGGUCGUAAGUGGGUUUGUAGUUGCUUUCAUUUUGGCAUUUGGCAUCGGUGCGAACGACGUGGCAAACUCUUUUGGGACCAGUGUAGGUUCAAAGGUGUUGACUCUUACUCAAGCUUGUAUUCUGGCUACCAUUUUUGAAAUUGCCGGAGCUGUACUCAUUGGAUAUAAAGUUUCGGAUACUAUGCGGAAGGGUAUACUUGAUGUAUCAUUAUACGCGGAUGGCGGCGAGAAGCUUCUUGCGGCCGGGUGUUUGGCUGCUCUUAUAGCCGGGGCGACUUGGCUUAUUCUUGCUACCGCUCUACGAUUACCCGUAUCCGGGACACAUUCCGUAGUCGGCGCUACAGUUGGGUUCACUCUUACUGCGAAGGGACCCAUCGGAGUCCGCUGGUCUACUUUAGGAGCGAUUGUGUUAUCGUGGUUUAUAUCUCCGGUACUAAGUGGGACGGCGUCGGCGCUUCUUUUCUGGCUAGUUCGUCGGUUCAUUCUGCGUGCUCCACAACCCUUGAAAGCAGGACUGCGAGCUUUGCCUUUUUUCUAUGGUGCCACAAUAGCUGUCAACGUAAUUAGCGUUGUGCUCGAUGGGCCGAAGUUGCUUGCUAUGGAUGCAAUUCCAUUGUGGAUUGCUUUGACCGGGUCCAUCACAUUGGGAUUGGUGGUCGCUAUUUGCGUACGAUUGUUUCUUGUACCUUACUACCGACGUGAGCUUGUUCAACCGCCGGUCAACUUUUCCAUGGGACUAUCUAACGAAACAACACCGGUUAAUACUCCGACGCAUUCCAAUAAAAAUAAUGUACCGCAAAGACCUACGUCUUUGAUAUCUGAAGAUGGGAAAGUCCUGGAAGUGAUUACUGAAAGUGCUGAAAUGGUCACAUUAAGUGAUGUUGAUAAAAUGUCAGUGGACGUCCGCGGGAUGAAUGCGAGGAAUCGUGCUCUCUUGGCCACCAUGGAUGAUUGCACUGUUUUAUCUAGGAGCCUAAGUCCACCCAAUAAGUCUCGGCUGCAACUUAUUGAUGCAGAUCCACAGAUUAAUACUCUGAAAUAUAUUGAUGAGACUAUAAGCUGUUGCAAGAGCUUAGAUUCAGCUCAGCUAGCUGGGAUGGGUGAGAGUUAUGAUUCUAAAAAUGGUUUCUUGGGGGGAUCGUGUGAUACUAUCGCUCGAGGAGAUUUUGAUCGACUGGCUGUUACACGAGCGCUUCCUGGUAACGUUGACUUCGACACACCACCUCCUCGGAUCGAGAAGGCCCCGAGUGGUGGUAGCGCUUGGAGUAUCGAGCGAGAGAGUAAGCGAUUACCCGCCAUCACGCCCAACUCGAGCGCAGCGCCCUUAUUGCGAGCGACGUCGCCGCCCCCGCCACCGCCACAGCCACACCCUCAGGAUGAAACGCUACGGCUGUUCUCUUUUUUGCAAGUACUUACUGCAACAUUUGGCUCAUUCGCACACGGAGGAAACGACGUAAGUAAUGCUAUCGGGCCGCUGGUGGCUUUAUGGCUGGUUUAUUCAGAAGGCGGAGCGCACGCUCGGGCAGAAACUCCACUUGCGAUCCUCGUGUUUGGAGGCGUCGGUAUUGCGCUCGGCCUCUGGCUCUGGGGUCGUCGGGUAAUACGCACCGUAGGAGAAGACCUAACUAGUAUCACUCCAGAUACUGGUUUUACUAUAGAGCUGGGCGCAGCGUUGACCGUCCUGGUGGCUAGCAAAGCAGGUUUACCAGUCUCUACAACUCAUUGCAAAGUCGGCUCCGUUGUAUGUGUUGGAUAUUUUUCUCAAAAAUCUGUUGACUGGACACUGUUUAGGAAUAUCAUUUUUGCGUGGGUGGUAACCCUACCAGUUGUUGCUGCGGUGGCGUCACUGUCAAUGUUGGCCCUUGAAGCGUUCGUCGUUUAAAAAAAAGAAAACAAAU